CUUGAACACAGACGAUUACUUACAACGAGCCACGACAUGAGCGUCAUUUAAUGAGACAUUUAUCAAAAUGCAAAUAUUCUUUCACUUGAAUAAGAUCAACGUGGAGCUGACAAAGAGGACACCUGUUGAUAUUCUCAAAGAGAAGUUUACUCAAAAGUUACUAAAAUUCAAUGUGCCGUUUUCUCAGAUUACAUUUAACUUUUACUCAUAAUCCAUUUACAAAUUUUUGACCAACGAUUCGGGAUUUUAUUAUUCAUCAUGUGGAAAUUACUGGCCUGCGUUCUCAUGGCCUCUACAUUACAGGCGCGUAAUCUACGGAAGAGGCAGAAUAUAUGUUCAGAUGUGUGCGACUUGUCCCGUUGCCUGUCCGUCCUAGAGUCUUGUUAUUUCGGCGUGAUAAAGGACAGCUGUAACUGCUGCACAUUGUGUGCGGCGGGAGAGGGGGAGUUUUGCGGGAUGCGUGAACAUGGAGUUUGCGGUCAGGGGAUGACCUGUGAAUAUCCACCGGAAAGGCGCGCGUCCGAGGGUGGCACAUGCGUCUGCGACUCGCAUGAACCAGUAUGCGGCAGCGAUGGAAGAACAUAUUCCAGUAUCUGUCGACUGAGAGCUGAAAACAGGCGGGCUGAGCUGAGCGGCAUACCUGCUGUCAUUUUCAUCCAGAGAGGCCCUUGCGAGACCGGUUCUCAAAAUCCAAGCAGCAUGCGCUACAAAUUUAACUUCAUAGCAGAUGUGGUGGAUAAAAUCACCCCUGCAGUGGUCCAUCUAGAACUGUUCAAAAGACUACCAUAUUCCAACCAAGAAGUCCCUGUUUCCAGUGGAUCAGGGUUCAUCGUGUCAGAGGAUGGGUGGAUUGUCACUAAUGCACAUGUACUAUCCAAUAAGCAACGUACCAAAGUAGAGCUCAACAAUGGUGUGCUCCAUGAUGCCACAGUCAAAGAUGUGGAUCAAAAAUUAGACAUCGCUCUCAUUAAGAUUGACUCAGAGACUCCACUGCCUGUGCUUUUGCUCGGCCGUUCAUCAGACCUGAGGCCAGGGGAGUUUGUUGUGGCUGUGGGAAGCCCAUUUUCCCUUCAAAACACAGUAACAACUGGUAUCAUCAGCACUACCCACCGUGGAGGUCAUGAGCUUGGCCUACAAAACUCUGAUAUGGAUUACAUCCAAACGGAUGCAAUUAUUAACUAUGGCAACUCAGGUGGACCUCUUGUGAACUUGGAUGGUGAUGUCAUCGGCAUAAACACUUUGAAGGUUACACCAGGAAUAUCAUUUGCCAUUCCCUCAGACCGCAUACGGCAGUUUCUUGCAGACUCCUAUGACAGACAAAGGAAAGGAAGAACACUGACUAAAAAGAGAUAUCUGGGAGUGCGAAUGCUUCAACUUUCAGCUGCUUUGAUUAGGGAGCUCAGGGAGAAAGAAAGCAACUUCCCAGAUGUGAGCUCAGGGGUGUACGUGUAUGAGGUUAUUCCGGGGACAGCUGCCUACAGUGCUGGCCUCAUCAAGCACGAUGUGAUAAUCAGCAUUAAUGGACAACCAGUGCAUUCUACAGAUGAUGUGAGUCAGGCUGUGCAGUCAGGCGAAAAUCUCUCUUUGUUGUUGUGGCGUGCAAACGAAGAAAUCAUAAUUGCGGUGGUUCCUGACGAAGUGGACUGAUAAGCUUUAGUCUUUGUGUGCAUACCUCUAAACAAUGCAUUAUCCAUAAGCAUGUAUUAAUUGAAAAGGGCAUUCUCUUCAUUGUGUUUUGAUACAAAUAAACAGGUGAAAAUUAAGCAUAUUUCUUUGUUUCCAUAAUUUUUCUUUUAUGUGUAAGAUGUACUGAUUUUCAGUAUAUAUUCACCUGAUAAUGUAUCAUGUCACCUUUUUCAUUUAAAAGUUUGAAGUGGCUACUGUAUGUGAUUCUAUAAUACUGUAAUAUGAAACUUUUAAAAACCAUUCUUGUAAAUUUCAGGGAAAUUAAUAACAGCUUGUAAUCUUACAAUGCUUUUAGAAUGAAAGGGACUUUACUGCAUGAAAAUAUUUAGAAUUCAAAUACAAGUUGAUGUUCUACCAUGAUCAGGGUUCCCAUGGAAAUAUCAGGGAAUUUUAAAAGUGUUUUUCAGGCCUGGAAAAGUCAUGGAAAUUAGUAAAUGUAGAUAUUUUUCUCUGCUCUAAAAUAUUUCAUCAGUUAGAUAUUGCUCGUGUAGAGUAAAACAUGCUCCCAAGCCAUAGUUUCAUGAAGGCCACAUGACAAAAGUCACGUGAGCCACAAAAUGUGAAAGAAUAAUUAUUACUUUUUGUGUUUUAAAGAGUACGUAAUAAAAUCCAUGGUAAUUCUGCCAAGGGAUUCAUGUUAUGGCCUGUUUUUUUAUUUGCCAUUGCAAGCGAUUUCAUAACAUAACCUCUUUGUAGGUACUCAUUCUAAACAAGAUCUGCAACAUCUAUGCAACUGUUUGUUUUUUUUGUUGUUGUUUUUUGCAGUCUGCUGGUUAUUUAAAUGUGCACGCAGUAAUUUUUCCCUCAUUAAAAAUGUUAACUCCUAAAGACAUAAAUUGUUAUUUGGCAAUAUAUGUAAGAAAUCAUGAAGACUCCAGUCAUAUCAGAGUAAGUCCAAGAUGACAAAGACAAAAGUUACUGAGUGCACCUUUAUAGCAUCAAUUAUUGACAGAGAGCAUGUAAAAACCAUGCAACA